ACAAACAUUUCCCAGCCCUAUCAGAAAGUAAUUGGUUGACAGAAGGCAGAGUGUCACUGACUGGUGAAUUGAGAUGAGUGUUUUUCCAGUGAUGACUUGCUCCUGGCUGGACCACAAGGUGAAAUUUGCUGUGGUGGUGACUAUGUGUUUUACCUCCCUCGCCACAGUGUUUGUGUUCCAGUCCAGAUGUCUCUCCUCUAGAACUCUCCAGUCUAGACAUCCACAAGAGUGUCCACACUCUGUCACUGAAUCAGCAACCCGCCCGACACUACCAGACUGCCCUUCUCUCCUCCAUCAAGUUCAUGUUCACGAGAGAUCCCUACCGCAGAGCUUUCUCGGGUUAUUGCGACAAGCUCUUCGUGUUUUCUUUCGAGACGAUGCCCAUCGCAGAAACAAUUCGGGGUUCGAAUGGCAGACCCAGCAGUUUUAACGGUACGCUGGACCCUGUGACAAGAGACUGGCUCCUCAAUCGUCUCAAUGUGACAUUUGCUGAGAGCCUGCAGUACUCCCUGGGUUUUUACACCCACGGCCACGAUAAGGUCGACGUCCACUUCACACCAAGCUCCCAAAUAUGUAAACCUUGCGGCGUCCAUUUUGACUUCAUCGGGAAGAUGGAAACUUUCAACAAUGAUACCGAGUUUAUUCUCAAAUUCCUGAACCAGUCACAGAUACUCGAGCGUAUGGGGGAUAUCGAGGGAAACAACGAGAUUAGUAUCGUCUCUGAUGUUUGUAAAAGAACCUUCCUUGCGUUAAAGAAGUUCGGCAUCACUGACGAGAUUGUUCUGGACUCAGUUUUAAAACGAGUUUGGAAACUCUUUAAAAUACGAGGAUUUCUGAACGAGUACCAGGAUUAUCCAGUGCGUUCUCUGAGAGAGUACACACAGCUGACAGCCCAGCGCUUCACGCAAUUGUCUUUGCACGCUCUCAAACAUUCGGGAAUUAGAGAGGUUAGGAAGAAACAGCGAGACGAAUACCUUGUUCGUGCUUUUCGUAGCGUUCCCCUAAAGAUCCUGCGCAAUUUCCGAUCUGCUGUGACACACGAUUGCGUCAUAUUUGACUACGACUGUUCCCCGCCUGAAGUGUUUGCGGACCGGAAGAACAACGGGGAUGAGGAGGACAAUGUGUUUUCCAACGAUAAAUAUGUGGGUUACAAAAGUGUUGAUUAUGAGUAUUCAUAGAACGUUUUAAAUGUAUUUUAAAACUUGCAAAGAGUUAGAUCUAGGAGUGAAGCGACAAUC